ACAUUCACGUACCCGAUCUUUGGAGACUCCGAACAGAUCUUCGGGUACAAGGGCCUCCGAAUCGACCUUGCUUUUGACUGCCGGUCCAUGUACCCAUUUCUCGGCAUCAAAUUCGAAAAGAAGCUAUCUGAUGAUGUGAAGGAUGUUGAGAAGACGAUAUUGGAGUUUCUUCCCAAGGAAACAGUUGUCAAGGACGAGGCAUUGUGGCUAAACAAAAUUGAAGAGGAAAACUUCGAAAUCCCGGGCAAGCCAGUAUAUACAUACCAGGUCGAUGGCGAAACGUACAAGAUCUUUAAGUUCAAGCUCAACGAUGCAAAUGGGCUCAAAUUGCACUUGCGAAUCCAGAUCUUCGUCCUGUUGUUCAUCGAGGCCGGCUCCUACAUCGACAGCACCGACGAUGUGUGGGAGAUCUACGCGAUCUAUAAGUGUCCCGAGGGGAAGAAAGAGUCAUUUGUCGGAUUCAGCACGGCCUAUUCCCACUGGAAACACCCAGGAACGGCUGUUCACGACGCUUCAGAGACUCUGGAGUUACAAUUCCGCAAGAAAAUCAGCCAGUUUAUUGUGCUUCCUCCAUACCAAUUAAAGGGCCACGGGAAAAACCUAUACAAUUGCAUGGUGGACGAAUGGCUUGCAGACGACAAAGUCAAGGAAAUCACCGUGGAAGAUCCAAGCGAGGCGUUUGAUGACCUGCGCGACCGCUGCGAUCUAGAGCGACUCAACAGGGCAGACUUUCUUAACGGCGUCAAGCUGCCGAUUGACAAGGCGUGGAUCGAAAAACAGGUUGCAGUGCACAAAAUGGACCGCAGGCAAUUUGAGAGAUGCGUGGAGAUGACGCUAUUGUGGAUGUUGCAGAACAAGAAAGGUGGUGUCGAGAACCUGAGCGAAAAGAAUGUGCGUUUACAGAUCAAAAAGAGGCUGUACCUGAAGAACAGAGACGCGUUGGGCGAACUGGAAAAGGCGGACAAGAUGGACAAGCUACAGACGGCGUACGAGCGACUACGCGAGGACUACGAGCGGAUUUUAGAGAAGGCCAGUCUUGCGACAGGCGUUAAAAGAGAGCAGUUGCACGAGUUGCCCGGUGCAAAGCGUGCAAGGGUGUGAAAUUUUUGCUUGUGGGCUCUGGAGAUCUGAAAUUGUGAAGUCAGCAAUUACGUUAUGCAAUGGUCCCAAUCUGGAAGCCACAAUAUUCCCAAAGAAGAAGCAAAAAUUAUGGGACACUGCCACAGCAACAGUGUUGCGCCCUUUUAACCCAAUGCGGAAUCAAAUGGUCGCAUAAGGAAAUCAACACCUGAAAGUGUACUAACUUGCUAGAGUUGAUAAAGAACUUUAUUUCCAAAGGUAUUUGAACUCAUCGCUAUUGCAAUGCACAGAACUUAUUCUUUGAGAUCUUCCAGAGCCCCAACGGCCUCCCAGUUGGCCACUCCGCCACCACCUCCAUCGAGCACCAAGGGUAAAUUCUUUGGUACCACCUCCAUUGCUUCCUCCAUCAGGAAGUCUGCUGCUGGAUCGUUUGGUCCAGAGCUCUCAAAGAAACUCUCUCAGUUGAUCAAGAUUGAGAAGAAUUUCGAAAGAAGCGUCGAGCUUGUCGCCAGGGAGAGAAGGGCUGUCGCCAAGCAGCUCUCUCUCUGGGGAGAGGAGAAUGAUGACGAUGUUUCGGACGUCACCGACAAAUUGGGAGUUCUGAUCUAUGAGAUUGGUGAGCUGGAAGACCAGUUUAUCGACAAGUACGACCUGUACAGAAUCACCCUCAAGAGCAUCAGAAACAUUGAGGCCUCUGUUCAGCCAUCGAGAGACCGGAAACAGAAAAUCACCGACGAGAUUGCUCACCUGAAGUACAAGGAUCCUCAGUCUCCUAAGAUCCCAAUCUUGGAGCAAGAGCUCGUCAGGGCCGAGGCCGAGUCGCUUGUUGCUGAGGCGCAAUUGUCCAACAUCACGAGAGAAAAACUGAAGGCUUCUUUCCUGUACCAGUUUGACGCGUUGAGAGAGCUUUCUGAAAAGCUUGCUCUGAUUGCCAGCUACGGAAAGGCUCUGCUCGAGCUGUUAGACGACUCUCCAGUGACUCCUGGUGAGACCAGACCUGCGUACGACGGCUACGAGGCAUCUAAGCAGAUCAUCAUCGAUGCUGAGAAUGCUCUGGCUUCCUGGACUUUGGACAAUUCCUACGUCAAAGAGCCUGCUCUUUCUCUGCACCAGACUGUCGACGAUGUCUACGAAGAGCACCAGACUGAAGAAGCUGAGGCUCAAUGGGCCGAGCACGAGAACCAGCAGUAAACUUGCUAUGUAGUACUAAAUGUUCAUUACG